AAGGCCCUGCACCUCCGCGCCACCCGCACGUUCGAGGACGCCGAGGGCCGCGUGCGCCGCACGGGGGAGGAGUGGUUGGUGACGCAGGCGCAGAGCGAGGCCUACAUCCCCGACGUCUUCGAGGAGGUGGUGGCCGAGGUGAUGGUGACCACGCUGGGGCCCCGCCAGUACUGCGUCAUCCUGGACCCCGUCGGGGACGACGGCGCCCCCCAGCUGGGGCAGCAGCUGGUGGUCAAGGGACCUAAAUUUGGCCAUAAGGGACCUAUAAGUGGCCCCAAGGGGGCUUUAGGUGGCCUCAAGGGGGCUUUAGGUGACACUAAGGGACUGAAAGGAUACAAAGGUGGCACUAAGGGACCUACAAGUGGCCUCAAGGGGGCUUUAGGUGACACUAAGGGGACUUUAAGUGGCUCUAAGGGACCUAAGGGUGGCCCUAAGGAGACUUUAGGUGGCCCUAAGGGACCUAUAAGUGGCACUAAGGGACCUAAAGGUGGCACUAAGGGGGCUUUAGAUGGGCCUUGGGGACCUAAGGGUGGCCUUAAGGGACCUAUAAGUGGCACUAAGGGACCUAAAGGUGGCACUAAGGGGGCUUUAGAUGGGCCUUGGGGACCUAAGGGUGGCCCUAAGGGACCUAUAAGUGGCACUAAGGGACCUAUAGGUGCCCCUAUGGGACCUAUAGGUGGCACUAAGGGACCUAAAUUUGGCCAUAAGGGACCUAAGGGUGGCCCUAAGGGGACUUUAAGUGACACUAAGGGGGCUUGA